AUGAAUGACGACGACCUCACCGCGUCGCAUUGGGACGACGUGUUGGCGCCAAGCCAGGUAGGCCUUGGUAGCCGCUUCGACGAUGUCCUCAACCACGACCCCUGGUCCGAUUCGCCGCGGCCUAAGGCCUAUGGCGAGCCCGACCUGGAUGAGGACGAUAACGAGGAUAACAACGAUAACGACCAAUCAGAACACGACCAGGCUGAACCACAAUCUCCAGUGGCUCCCCAGGUACUGAACCCUGCCACGGCGCCGGUGUCUGAGGCCCGGGAACACCAGCACGACCUCGUGUCGCAAUUGACAGCUGGCGUGGACGAUGACGACAUUAUCACCCCUCAACAACACCCUCGCAAAGUGGUACUGACUCUGGACCCAUUAUUCCACGAUAAGGGGCUGCCAAUCCAGCUCAAUUUGCCCACCCCGCUGGAUCUGGGGCUUCCAAUUAAACCGGUUAAUUUCCGGGCGUUGAAGCCUCGGAAGUACCUGCGGAAAGUGAUUAAAGAGCUUGACUCAUCCGUCGUUGGCCCUUUAGAGGCGAAAAGCUCACCGAAAAAGGCCCAGCGGUCCAGUCUGUCGACAUAUGACCAGUUAGUGCUGGAAGUGAACUCACCCUUAUUUGAUCGCGAGAACGCUGCCCCUGUCACUAAUAAGAUGGCCCAGCUUAACGUUAACCUGGAUGUUGAUGACACUACCCAACCACAUACCCAACAGCAGCAGCAGCAGGAAGAGGCUGGUAAUCCUUCUACUGAGCAAGAGCGCAAACCUUCGGUUAAUCCGUUCACCGUGUCUGUGGGUGACCCGAUGAAAGUGGGCGAGCUCACCAAGGCCCACGUUGUUUACAAUGUGAAAACCAAGUAUAAGGGAAACCCUCCUGCCACUUACCAAGUCACGAGACGUUAUCGUGACUUCCGCUGGCUCUACAACCAGCUUCAAACCAAUCACCCAGGGCUUAUCAUUCCUCCCCCGCCGCUGAAACAAAUGUUUAUUGGUCGUUUCAACGAGAACUUCAUCGAGGAUCGCCGGCUUCUGUUGGAAAAGAUGUUACUGAAGAUAUUAGACCGAGAAGUGCUUCGCGACGAUGCUGAUGUCAAGGCCUUUCUCACCCAGCCUGAUUUGGAAAUCAAGGGCGAAGAAGCCGAUGGCGAGGUGGAUGAAGCCGAGGCAGGGGCGCUGCUGUUCAUGGGCUUCUUCUCACUGGGCGCUAAGGUGGAGGAAACGGAUCCGUGGUUUACUAAGCAGAGAAGCUACAUUGAUGAAGUUGAGUCCAAUCUUAAACAAUUUUACCGUGCGCUCGAGCUUAUUGGCAAUCAGAGGUUCGAGUUGGUGGGUCUCUACGAUGAAAUUGCCGCUAGUGCUGACGAACUCGCUCAACUUGAGAUGUCUAAGGCUACCACCGAAGUUCUCGCUGCAUUCUCCGAAGUGCAAAUCAAACUCAAGCAAAACUUGGAUCGCACUUCGAUGCAAGACCAGCUUACACUUGGGUUCACCAUCGACGAAUACCUUCGCCUUGUCGGACUGAUUAAACAUGUGCUUGACGUUCGGACGAAGAUCGCCACCCAACUACACACUUAUCUGCAAGACUAUGAGAAGAAACAGCUACAGUUGGACAAGCAGAAGCGACGCCUGGCGGUGCUGGAUCUGUUACAAUUUGAAGUGAAUAAGUUGAAGGAGAAGGCCGACACCUACGCCAAGCGGUUUGACGAUAUCUCGGCGACGAUCAAGCUGGAGAUGGAGCGCUUUGACCUUGAGAGAGUGGACGAUUUCCGCAAUGCGGUGGAAAUCUUCAUUGAAAGCUCAAUUGAGAGCCAGAAGGAGGCCAUUGAGAUCUACGAAACAUUCUACGAGCGCCAGGGCUUAGGCGACGCUAAAACCAAAGCUGAGCUCAAACAGGAAGCGAAACAGAGACAUGCCUCGGCCUCAGAAGCUGAAGACGGUGCUGAUGCUAACACUAGCACUAACGGCACCAAAGCUGCUGACGACACUAAUUGA